UUCUUCUUCAACUGACAUUUCUUCAACCAUUUUCCGCCGCCAUUCACCGCCGCCCCUCACCGGAAAAAUGAACUCUCCGGCACUUUCUCUCCGUCACAACCAUUUCCUCAAUGGAGGCUCCGCUCUGGCAUCCGGCAUUCGUCUACCACGCUCAAUCUCUUCCCCUUUCCGUGUCCGUAUGUCUCUCCAGGAAAACGGCCCAUCCGUCGCCGUCGUCGGCGUUACUGGCGCCGUCGGUCAAGAGUUUCUCUCUGUUCUAUCUGACCGUAACUUCCCUUACCGUUCUAUUAAACUCCUUGCAAGCAAAAGAUCAGCUGGAAAAUCGAUGAAGUUUGAGGAACGAGAUUAUACUGUUGAAGAACUCACUGAGGAUAGUUUUGAUGGUAUAGAUAUUGCAUUGUUUAGUGCUGGUGGUUCGAUUAGUAAGAAAUUUGGACCGUUGGCUGCUCAAAAGGGAACAAUUGUGGUGGAUAAUAGCUCCGCUUUUCGAAUGGAUGAGAAUGUGCCUCUUGUGAUUCCAGAAGUGAAUCCUGAAGCUAUGGCACAUGUCAAGCUUGGUUCUGGAAAGGGAGCGCUUAUUGCGAAUCCGAAUUGCUCUACUAUUAUUUGCUUGAUGGCUGUUACUCCUCUCCAUCGUCGUGCUAAAGUCAAACGCAUGGUUGUUAGUACAUAUCAGGCAGCUAGUGGUGCCGGUGCUGCUGCAAUGGAAGAGCUGGUGCAGCAGACUCGUGAGGUCCUGGAGGGAAAAGAACCAACCUGCAAUAUCUUUAACCAACAGUAUGCUUUUAAUCUUUUCUCACAUAAUGCACCUAUUCAACCCAAUGGAUAUAAUGAAGAGGAAAUGAAGCUGGUCAAAGAAACAAGAAAAAUAUGGAGUGACAAGGAUGUCAAGGUUACUGCAACAUGUAUACGUGUUCCUGUUAUGCGUGCACAUGCUGAGAGCGUGAAUCUUCAAUUUGAGAAUCCCCUUGAUGAGAAUACUGCAAGGGAUAUUCUUAAAAAUGCACCAGGUAUAGUUGUAGUCGAUGACCGUGCAAGUAAUAGAUUCCCUACCCCACUUGAAGUUUCCAAUAAAGACGAUGUUGCAGUUGGAAGAGUACGACGUGAUGUUUCCCAAGAUGGAGAUUAUGGGCUGGACAUCUUUGUUUGUGGUGAUCAAAUACGCAAGGGAGCCGCCCUUAAUGCUGUCCAGAUUGCAGAAAUGCUGUUGUAGAUUUGCGAUAUAGCACCCCUAAAGGUUCUAAUUUUGGCUCAAAUAUGAGAGACAGAGAACCUUAAAGGUAGUCGCGUAUUCCUCCAGCAUUACAUUUUGCUUGGUGAGAUUUGGGAAUCCUCAUUUACAUUAGUCGAGUUCGUUCUAGUUUGAAGAGAGAUUUUGCUUCAAACUCUUGUUUCUGUGAAACUUUUGUUAUUAUUUAUAAUAAUCUUCUUGUUGAGCUGGUAAGUCUUUCAUAUUU